AUGACCUUUUAUUAUUUUGAAAAUGAAAAAUCAACAUGUAUCCUUUACGAAUAUUUGACAAUGCCAUUCUUAAAAGUACAAAAAACUACGUGGUGCGAACAACGAAUAGAAUCUUGCAAACGUAAUGGUUGGCUUCACGCUGUAUACAUGCCUGAAGCAAAACGUAUCGUUAAAGCAUAUUACAAGGGUGAAUGGAGAAACGAUAAGAGAGAGGGCAAAGGCAUAGGAGUAAGCAGGUGUCAUAAAAAUUGCAUCCCUCAAGUAUCUUUUCUUAGAUAUUCCCGAUAUUUCAUUCGCUAUUACAUAUGGAAUAAUUUUUCGCGCAGCCUCGGCUGGAUGUACGAAGGUGACUGGCUCAAGGAUCGUAAACAUGGCUAUGGUAUUUUGAGUAAAAUUUCGGAAGACGGUACCAUAUGUAAAGUGUACGGCGGUGAUUGGGCGAAAGGAAGAAAGCACGGAUUCGGGAGCAAUUGGUACAGAGACGGCAGCUAUUACGAAGGAAUGUUUCGGAAAAACAAACGGGACGGUUACGGUGAGAUUUGGUAUAAAUGCGGCAGUGGAUAUUAUCAAGGCACAUGGCUGAACGAUCGUUAUCAUGGAGAAGGGAUACUCAUUCAAAAAAAUGGUAAUAUCUACGAGGGUCAAUUUAUAAAUGGCAAGAAGGAAGGUCGAGGGGUCUUCUAUCACUUUGACAGCCGUCAAGUGCAGAUCGGUCAUUGGGAGAACGACAUCUGUAUCAACAGCACGAUAGAGGACAUCGACUAUCACUGACAGUCAAGCUUUAUAUCCGAUAUUAUUACAUAUUCCAAGGAUAAAUAGUCAAGCAGUGCUGCACUUAUAAGUGCCUUGCGUCAUCUCUCGUUUAUGUUUUCUUUAAUCGAUUUAGACAUACAUGUUUCAUGUGUUAUCUGUCCUUUCCGCAUUUACAGCGAACGAAAAAUAUAAUCCGUGCGUGAUUUCGUAACUAUGUCCGUUUCAUUUUGAUAAUCGCGUCGCUAUUAUAUAGCGUUGAUUUGCGCGCCGUAAAAGUAUAAUUUUACGAAUAAUAAUCAAACAUAUUCGACUUUCAUCGUAAUCGAAAUAUAACACAUAUUAAAUUACCCACUAAAUCAUGUAUAUACGAGUCCGGUUCUCCCACGUCUUGAUAUUUCAUUUAUUUUUAUGAUAAUCGUAACAUAUGUACCUCAAAUUAAUGUAUUUACAUGUUGAGAUAUUGAUUGUAAAGGAAAUCACUGCGCGGUCGCGAAUCAAAAAUAUAUUUUCGAGAAAAGUAUUAACUUUCUGCAUAUCGAAUGGCAAAUUUAUAUAACGCAAAAUAUUUGUUGUAUAUUAUUCGUACGUGUUUGACAACUUGCAGAGAUAGUUAAGAAAUGUAAACGUUAAUCGCGUUUUUCGAAAAUAAGCACGUUUUUUGUUUCAAUAAAAAGAUAAGUACAUUCAACUGCAUAGUCAGCCGAUCGCGUCACCUUCUGAUAAAAGGCUAUCGCGUUCUUUAAACUGCGGGUCUCGAUAUAUCUUCUCAGAAUUAGAACGCACUAUUAUUCUUCCUACUUUUAAGUCGCAACGCGAAUGAAGGAAUGUAUUCUGUGCCUACAUAUACAAUGACAUUUUAUCAAACUUUGUCUCCUUCCUAAAACACUGACACUGCGAUGCUUUCACAUCAUCAAUGAGUAGAGUUUCAUUGUACUUACAUUAAUUUACAUCACAGAAGA